AUGCCUGCUUCUUCCUCUGCUAUCAACACUGGUGUGGUCGUUACAUUGCUUCUUCUCCGAGAUCGUGACGACACUCCCAAAAAUCUAAUCACAGCUUCAACGGCUUCUGACGAGAAUGGAAACCAUACUAUUUCCGUGAUUGCAGUCAACGGACCUCUCCCAUCCUCACAAAGAUCCCAAUCCUCGUUUCUAUCAUUGAUCAACCCAAUCAUAAACUUUGCUAUCGAUCAAUCCCUCACCCUCCUUCCCGUCAUAGUCGCCACGCUUACCGCAACAUACAUCUCCCCAAGUGACGACAACUGCCAUCUCGAACAGACAUGGCAGUCGUACUACCACAGAAAAGAAGUGCACAGCAUCCGCACAAUCCAAGAUCAAUUACGGUGUUGCGGAUUGCGGAGUACGAGGGAUAGAGCAUGGCCGUUCAAGGAUGCGAAUCAUGGCGAUGAUGCGUGUGAGAGGACGACGGGGUAUACGCAGAGUUGUCUACAGCUGUGGAGUGAGCAGGAGAGAAGGGUUGCAGUUUUGGUGUUUGCGGCUGCUGUUCUGGGGUGGGGGAUCAAGAUAGGCGUGACCAAUCUUGCAUCAGGGCGAUUUUAUGAAUUCGGCAAUUCAAGAUCUCGACGCAAUGCCUGGUUCAAUGAGGCAAAUGCUCGAAAUGGGAACUAUAGCGAAUCUUCCGGUCCGAGACUGCUUCCAUUCACUGAUAGUGAGAAUGGCAAUGCAGAAACCGAAGAGGGUGCGGUUUUACCUGUGGAUGACACCCCGGCAGCUGAGAGCCCUCUUCUUAACCCUGAUGCUCGUGAUCUCAGCUCUCUAGAAGGAAGGGAUCUUACAGGCGGGAGCCCGUGGAGAGAAAAUGUGUAA